GCGAUGGCGCGCGGGAGGGGCGGGGCCACGCUGCGGGCCCGGGCCAUGGCCGCCGCGGAUGCUGAGCAGGCAGUUCUGGCCAAGCAAGAGACUAAGCAGGAUUGCUGCAUGAAAACUGAGCUGCUAAGGGAAGAUACACCUAUGGCUGCUGAUGAAGGUUCCACGGAGAAACAGACAGGAGAGACUCCCAUGGCUGCAGAUGGAGAAACCAAUGGGUCUUGUGAAAAGAGUGGUGACACCAGCCAUCCAAAUGCACCCAAACAUACUCAGGAGAGCACAAGAGCUAGUCCACCGGAAGGUACCAACAGAGCAUCUCGAGUGGCCGAAAAUGGUCUUUCAGAAAGAGACACAGAAGUGGGAAAGCAAAACCAUGUCACAGCUGACGACUUCAUGCAGACUUCCGUCCUUGGCAGCAAUGGAUAUUUCUUAAAUAAACCAGCCCUGCAGGGGCAGCCCUUGAGGACUCCCAACACUCUAGCCUCCUCGCUUCCUGGUCAUGCGGCAAAAACUCUUCCUGGAGGGGCCAGUAAAUGCAGGACUCCAAGUGCACUUCCUCAGACACCAACCACAGCACCUGCUGUGCCUGGGGAAGGGAGUGCAGACACAGAGGACAGGAAGCCUACAGCCUCGGGCACUGAUGUCAGGGUUCACAGGGCACGCAAGACCAUGCCGAAGUCCAUCCUGGGCCUGCAUGCAGCCAGCAAAGACCACAGAGAAGUUCGAGACCAUAAGGAACCAAAAGAGGAUAUCAACAGAAACAUUUCUGAAUGUGGACGACAGCAGCUUUUACCAACCUUCCCAGCCCUCCACCAGUCGCUACCUCAGAACCAAUGCUACAUGGCCACCACAAAGUCCCAGACAGCUUGCUUGCCUUUUGUUUUAGCAGCUGCAGUAUCUCGGAAGAAAAAACGAAGAAUGGGAACUUAUAGCUUAGUUCCCAAGAAAAAGACCAAAGUAUUAAAGCAAAGGACGGUGAUUGAGAUGUUUAAGAGCAUAACUCAUUCCACUGUGGGCGCUAAGGGUGAGAAAGCCUUGGGUGACAGUGCCCUGCAUGUAAAUGGGGAAAGCUUGGAGAUGGACUCAGAAGAUGAAGACUCAGAUGAGCUGGAGGAUGAUGAGGACCAUGGAGCUGAGCAGGCUGCUGCGUUUCCCACUGAGGACAGUAGGACUUCUAAAGAGAGCAUGUCUGAGACUGACCGUGCUGCAAAGAUGGAUGGAGAUUCGGAGGAGGAGCAGGAGUCACCUGACACAGGGGAGGAUGAAGACGGUGGAGAUGAGUCUGACCUGAGUUCUGAAUCCAGUAUGAAGAAGAAAUUUCUCAAGAGGAGAGGGAAGACUGACAGCCCCUGGAUCAAGCCUGCUCGGAAAAGGAGGCGGAGAAGUAGAAAGAAGCCAAGCAGCAUGCUUGGUUCUGAGGCUUGUAAGUCAUCUCCAGGAAGCACGGAGCAGGCAGCUCUGGGAGACAGUGCCGGGUAUAUGGAAGUUUCUCUGGAUUCCCUGGAUCUCCGUGUCAGAGGAAUUCUGUCUUCCCAGACGGAAAAUGAAGGGCUGACCAAUGGUCCGGAUGUGCUGGAGACGGAUGGCCUCCAGGAAGUGCCUCUCUGCAGCUGCCGCAUGGAAACCCCCAAGAGCCGCGAGAUCAGCACCCUGGCCAACAACCAGUGCAUGGCCACUGAGAGCGUGGAUCACGAAUUGGGCCGGUGUACAAACAGCGUGGUCAAGUAUGAGCUGAUGCGCCCAUCCAACAAAGCACCACUCUUGGUGCUGUGUGAAGACCAUCGGGGUCGCAUGGUGAAGCACCAGUGCUGUCCUGGCUGCGGCUACUUCUGCACUGCGGGUAACUUCAUGGAAUGUCAGCCUGAGAGCAGCAUCUCUCAUCGUUUCCACAAGGACUGUGCCUCUCGAGUCAACAAUGCCAGCUACUGUCCCCAUUGUGGGGAAGAGACUUCCAAGGCCAAAGAGGUGACCAUAGCAAAAGCAGACACGACUUCCACAGUGACCCUGGCCUCUGGACAGGAGAAGAGCAUGGCUUCUGAGGGCAGGGCUGACACGACCACGGGCAGCAUUGCUGGAGCCCCAGAGGACGACAAAUCGCAGAGCACAGUCCCCCAGGCACAAGAGUGCUUCGAUCCUGCAGGGCCAGCUGGGUUCGUGAGGCCAACUUCUGGCCUUUCCCAGGGCCCAGGAAAGGAAACCUUGGAAAGUGCUCUAAUCGCUCUGGACUCUGAAAAACCCAAGAAGCUUCGCUUCCACCCAAAGCAGCUGUACUUCUCAGCCAGGCAGGGUGAGCUGCAGAAGGUGCUUCUCAUGCUGGUUGAUGGAAUUGAUCCCAAUUUCAAAAUGGAGCACCAGAGUAAGCGCUCUCCAUUGCAUGCUGCUGCAGAGGCUGGCCACGUGGACAUCUGCCACAUGCUGGUUCAGGCCGGUGCCAAUAUUGACACUUGCUCAGAAGAUCAGCGGACCCCAUUGAUGGAGGCUGCAGAAAACAACCACUUGGAUGCAGUCAAGUACCUCAUCAAGGCUGGAGCACAGGUGGAUCCGAAGGUACCCACCCAGUCAGGUUCAUAUUCCUAUUUCAUGUGUAGAUGUUUCUUAGAUGAACAGGAGACAGUUUCUCCUUGAAACUCCUGCAGGAGCUUAUUGCUAUCGGACGUUUACCCUUUUGUCUCACAUAAAGAUGUCUCACAUCUUUACUUACUUGGUAUAGUAGUUACUUUUCUUAUCACUGUGAUAAAAUGCCUGGCAGAGUGUCUUAUGGAAGUAAAGGUUUAUUUUGGCUCAUGAUUUCAGAGGGAUUUAGGUCUCUCAC